GCACAGCAUCAGGCUCUUGUUUAUGUGUGCGUGUGAGCAAACAGUAGGCCGCCUCACUGAUAGAGCGUAUUUCCCCACAGUGCGGAGGAAUACACUGAGCCGUACAGCAGUGGUUCGUCCUGCCCGCCCGCCUCCAGCCAGCCUCGCUCAGUGGCAACCUUCCAUUUCCUCUCUUCCUGUAGCGUUAGCAGACCAACGUACCCAACCCGAACAAACAUGGCUGAUCAACUAACAGAAGAGCAGAUUGCAGAGUUCAAGGAGGCAUUCUCCCUGUUCGAUAAGGAUGGAGAUGGCACCAUCACCACCAAGGAGCUGGGCACCGUCAUGCGGUCACUGGGUCAAAACCCAACCGAGGCCGAGCUCCAGGACAUGAUCAACGAGGUGGACGCAGAUGGCAACGGAACCAUCGACUUCCCAGAGUUCCUGACGAUGAUGGCGAGGAAGAUGAAGGACACUGACAGCGAGGAGGAGAUCAGGGAGGCCUUCAGGGUCUUUGAUAAGGAUGGCAACGGUUACAUCAGCGCGGCAGAGCUGCGUCACGUGAUGACCAACCUGGGAGAGAAGCUGACAGAUGAGGAAGUAGACGAGAUGAUCAGAGAAGCAGACAUUGACGGAGACGGACAGGUCAACUAUGAAGAAUUUGUUCAGAUGAUGACCGCCAAAUGAACUGGACUCGCACUGAAGACAAAGAAUCAGUCAAAUGUUUCACUUACCUCUUAUUGCAAAAAUCUACAUUUAUUCAUACUGUUCUGUAUAGACAACUUAAACUGAAUGUUGGAAAACUGAAAUCUGUCCAUAUAAACAAGCUCAAAAAAGGUAAAAAAAAGACAAAAAGAAAAACUCAAAAUGAAUCUGCAUGUACUGGCUUGUAUUCCCCGCCCCCCAGCACUGAGCUGCCCAAUCAGAUCUCACUUUGUUAGCCAAGCAGUCUCUCCGCAGCCGGCUGAUUGGCCGCUGCUCGUCUGCUUCCUGGUUCCAUCUGCUUCCUGGUUCCAUCUGCCUGAUGUUAUGACGGUUCUAUGGGCUGGCCAAUCGCCUUUCUUCUAGGACUUGUUGUUUUCUUUCUUUCUGUUCUUCAUGCAUGCAGCUUUAGAUGGGUUACUGUUGAGAGCCCAAUGGCAGGCGGCUGUUGUUGGGCCCUCAGGUUGGCCUGGGACCCACAGAGAGGAGGGAGGGGUUAGGUGACAGAUGGAUGGGGGGUGGGGGAGUAAACCAGGUUGCUCACCUUGAUGAAGUCGGUGAAACAGAGAUAUUUUUAAGAACACUUUAAAAAUGGAAUAACCAACUAAGAACUCAUUUUAGAUUCUGUGUUUCUGGCAUGUCAGGAUAUCCGCUUUAUCCUUUGUGUGUUUACCUUUUUUGAGGGGGUGCGGCAUAGAUUGAGCCCCUUGGGUGUUGUAUGUUUGGAGGGGUGGGCUUAAAGAUGAUCAUGUGCAAGAGCAACUUUGGGGCAAUAUCAAUAUCAUGAGUAUCGAGUUCUGUGAGAUUUGCAAUCUGUGGUUAUCACCAAACUCGGGUACAGUUUAUUGCCUCAAAGCUGGUAUCAUGAUUCUACGGGGGUGUUCAUUUCAGUUUAGUGGGGGCAGGGUCGGUGCUUUGCGGCAUUUCUAUCUUGUGUUUGUGUGUGAGUUUGCGUGUGUAAGUGUGUGUGUGUGGGUGCGGCGAGGCCCGGCCCAGUCCAACUGUUCAGUUCAGUUGAUCUGCAUUCCAAGUUGUACAUGCUAGUCUUUACAUUUUGUUUUUCCAAUAAAAAACCAUGAACUUUAA